UAGUCGCUGCUUCUUCCGCUCUGGACGCUGAAGUGGAGAGUUGUGUGUGAGAUUAGUGGAGAGUUUAAACUCGGUCUUAUUAUUAUGGAUCUGCUGUUAUAGACAAAAACCUGAUAUGAACUGAUUUAAAAUGUGGACAUAUUUCACCACCAGCAGCGAUAUGACUGUAUGAAGAACAGAGAAGGAUUGUAUUAGUGUGAAUCUGUAGGAGGAGAUAAAGAGAUAAAAAUGGCGGCUGCAAGAAACAAGUUUAAACUCUUUGGACCCCGUGAUGAUGAAGAGUAUAAGUUUGGAUCUGCUCUCACUCUCUCCUGUCACCUGUCUCCUGAAAUCAGUGCUGUUUCCAUGGAGAUCAGGUGGUUUAAGGAGACGGACUGUGUUUGUCUCUAUAAGAACAGACAGGUGACAGAGGGGAGGGGCUACGAAGGCAGAGUGAGUCUGUUCACUCAGGAGCUGCAGAGAGGAAACGUCUCUUUACAGAUUAGAGACUGUAGAGAGUCAGAUGAAGGAGAUUAUCUGUGUCAGGUCACCAAUGGAGACACAACAGAGGAGUGUACAGUAGGAGUAAGACGAGAGAAGAGAGGUCAUUCUGGAAGAAAUGACAGAGAUGAAGUACAAGUUGAAGCAGCAUCUGGGAGUGUAACAGACCAUCUGCAAACUGAAGCUGCAUCUGAGAGUGAGACAUCCAGAGAAGAAGGAAGAAACAUGAUUUCCCAUUGGGCAGUGGCUACUGCACUGGUAAGUUCAGAAAUAUGUUCACUCCUCCUUCUGAUGACUAGCUGUUUUAAUAGAUGUUUAUAUAUUCGUGCGGCGGGAAACUCAUUGGGCGCGGCUACCGGAGUGUUGCCUUCACUGACAGAAGCACAGAGAGUUCUGGGAGUCUUUGUUUUUCAGAGUGACAGUAAAUGGACAGAAGAGGAGAGACUGAAAAUGGAGGAAUCUGCUCUGCUGACCGAGUUAUCAGCAGAAGCCAAACGUUAUAAAGAUAAAGAGAGCAUUUUAUUGGAGAGAAUUGCACAGCUGAUGGAGAAAGACAAACAAAUUCAAGAGAAAGAAAAACUUCUGACAAUAAACACAGAGACACUUCAUAUAAAGGACAAGAUGCUGGAAGAGAAAGAAACACUUCUUAGAGAGACAAAAGAAAAACUGGUACAAAUGACCAAAGAAACUCAGAUACAGCUUAAAGAUAAAGACUCACAACUGGAGAAUCAGAUCAAACUGCUGAGAGAGAAAGAGACUCUACUGGAGAUCACAGUGAAAGAGGUGGAAAGCAGUAAAAAGCAGCUGGAGACUCUGAGAAAGGAACUGCAGGACAAGAGCAGCAAACUACAGGAGAUGAUGAUCCUACUGGAACAACAGAAAACUGAAGUGAGUGAAAAAGACAAACAGCUUGAAGAGAAGGAGAGACUUCUAAGUGAGAGAAACACACAGCUAAUGGAAAGAGACAAGCAGGUUGAGGAGAAAGACAGACUUCUAGAGGAGAGAAACAAGCAGCUGCAGGAGAGAACAGAUCCAGACUCAGCAGCUCCAGCCAGGAGGAGAAACAGCAAAGAGAUGAAUCCUCCAAGCUUGAGUGGAGAGACUCCAGAAUCUGCAGCACAACUCAAGAGACGAAACAGUAUUGAAGAACUUCCUCAAACAAUGGGUGGAGAAUCUUCUAGUUUGGCCUCUCCAGAGUCAGUUCCUGUAGCAGAGCUCAGGCUGGUGCUGCUGGGGAGGACUGGAUGUGGGAAGAGAGCAGCACAAAACACCAUCCUGGGCAGAGAGGAGAGGAGCCAGGCUGGAGCGUCUACAGUGAGGCAGCAGAGUGAGAGCAGACAGGGGGAGGUGGCUGGGAGGCAGGUGACUGUGGUGGACACUCCUGACUGGUUCUGUCCUGGACUCUCUCUGGAGGAGCUGAGACAGGACGUGGGACUCUGUGUCCGUCUGUCUGCCCCAGGACCCCACGCCUUCCUCCUAGUCAUACCAGUGAAGCAGUCUACAGGAGAGGAGAGAGGCAUGCUGGAGAAAAUGGAGGAGAUUUUUGGAGAGAGAUGUUGGAGGAACACCAUGAUCCUUUUCACUGUGACUGAUGAAGUCCAAGAGAAGAACAUUGAAGAGUUUAUCCAGUCAGGAAACCAGGAGGUCCAGAGACUUGUAGGGAAAUGUGGGAACAGGUUUCACUGUCUCAGCAUUAAGGAGAGUGGAGAUGGUUCUCAAACCUCAGAGCUGCUGGAGAAGAUAGAGAAGAUGGUGGAAGGAAACAGAGAGAAAUUCUACAGCAGUGAGAUCUACCUGGAGACACAAUCUCAGAUCAGAGCUUUGGAGACAAAGAUCAUGAAGGAGAGAGAAGAAAGGAGGGUGAUAGAGGAGAGAGAAAUUAAGGAAAAACUAGAAAAGCAGGUGCAGAAGUCUCUGAGAAAGAUAGAGGGAGCAGUACAAGAGCAUGAAGGAGAGAUAAAACAACUAAAUAACCGAACAACAGAGCUAGAGAGAAGGAUGAAAGAAGAAAAAGAUGAAGAGAAAAGGAGAGAACUGGAACAAGAGCUGGAAAGAGAGUUGAAGCGGAGAACAGAAAUGGAGGAAAAGGUGAAGAAAUUAAAAGAAAAGAGAGAGAGGGAGAGGAGAGAGAUGGAGGAGAGACACAGACAGGAGAUGGAGGAGAUCAGGGUGACGUAUGAAGGAGAAGCCAGAAUGGAGGCAGAGAGGAACCUCAUGAAGAUCAUCCUGCCUGAACUCCAGAGAAACAUUUUGAUAUCAAAGUCAAAGAUGCAGGAAGAGUUCAGCAGACAGAUGGAGGAGAAGGACAGAGAGCUGGAGACACUGAGACUCAGAGUGAGAGAACUUAGUAACACUUUACUGGAGGAGGUUCAUAAAUAUACAGGAGGUGCUGCUCAGGAGCAGAAGGAGGUCAGUAGGAGACUCUCAACAUGCUGAGAGAGCUCCUCUUCUGCUGGACAUACAGACUGGAUAGAACAGUCUGGGUGGGUUUAAACACUGCCUGUUACAGUAAAACUGCUGAUUUUAUGAUUUAUGUACAUACAGUGUUUCUAUUAUUCAGAACACAAGAUGCAGACACUUCUCUAUCAGCGUCUGACACUCUGUGUCAUUAAGUCACAUCAUUUACACUAGUUUAAAGAUUUUGUGAAAGAUGAGAAUCCACUGUUUGUCUAACAGAUCUUGCACAAUCAAUUCUGGACUUCACUAUUUCUAGAACAGUCCAGCAGGUCAUUGUGGAAAUUGGUUUUACUCCAUUAUAUCUGUAACUCAGGCCUUUAUAUUCAGCCUCAGUCACAUUAGUGACUCAAAUGCUGUGAACUGAAACACUGAAACACUAAUAGCACUGAACACUAAUCGGGUAAUUCACUCUGUGAUUGUGUUUUUCAAAACAAUCUUUUGUAAGCUUUGGUUUCAUACUAAUAGGUGCUCUUCUUCAAUGUGCAGUUAAUGCAUUUAUGGAUAUUGCUCAAUGUACUUUUUAAUUAUGUAACAUAAUUUAAACAUGCCAGUUGCAUUGACUACUAUUACAUUCACUAGCAUUACAUUGACUAGUAUAUGUCCUUUUUUCCAUUCACCUCUAAAGUUACCAAAAGGUACUAAAGAUUUUGUUCUGACAGCAAAGAUUGUUAUUGUGUAUACAAUAGAUUAAAGGUUAUUACUUGAAUGUACAUUAAAAGAGUAAAGCAAUACUCUCAUUAGACAGUUUAUAUUCAUGGUGGUAAGGUAUAUUUGAUGAACUAAACAAUAAAAGCACCACAAAUGAAUUCACUAAAAAAUAACUCAAACUAAACACAUCUGAUUAGUUAAUGUUGAAAUGAGUUCUGUUUUUGUUUGAAUGUGUGUGACUGGGCAUACUAUUUUAAUUUGGUAUUAAAACACAUUUAAAACUUC